AUCUACAAUCAGCUGUACAGCGUCUCUCUCUUGUUUCAAAUGUUCCGGUGCAAACAGCUUAAGUGAAUGUAGUAAAUCCAUUGCAAUAUGUUCAGAGGGACAGGUGUGCUAUAAAAAGCGGGAAUAUACAACACAAAUUCGGUUAAGCCUAGGGUGUAUUGACAAAAUGCGUUGUGGUGAAUAUGCUCAAAUUCAAAAUACAUCGGAGGUUAGCAAAAUGAACGUUGAACAAACUAGCUAUUGUCAAGAGUGUUGCUCAACAGAUAAAUGCAACAAUGGACUAUGUAUUUAUCCCUCAAACACCAUGUGCAAGGAUGAUAAAUCAACUGAUUGUGCGAAAUUGAAUUCCAUGUUUAGUAUUUGUAAAGUAACAACACAAGCAAAGAAAAUUUGUCCAAGAUAUUGCAAUCUUUGUAAUUUAGUUGAUGGACAUUGGUCCCCGUGGUCACCAUGGUCAUCCUGUGAUGUCACUUGUGGAAUAGGUUCAGAGGUUCGUCAUCGCACAUGCACUAAUCCAGCGCCACAAAAUGGAGGCCUUCAUUGUCAAGGAAGGGGAAGCCAAAACAAAUUUUGUCAUCUUCAAAAAUGUCCUGUUCAUGGUGGCUGGAGUCCAUGGGAAAGAUGGGGAACAUGUUCCGCGACAUGUGGUAUCGGGAUACGCCGUCGGGUACGGUCCUGCACUAACCCACGUCCAUUGCGAUUCGGAGACCAUUGUUUCGGAGACAGGCACGAAGCAGAGCUGUGUGAAAGAAUAUCCUGCACAAGAAAUGUUGCGUUUAACGCAUACACAACAAAAAGCAAUGGUCAUUACAAGCAAGGAAGAGUGCUAAUUUUUCCGGAAGUUUCUCUUAAUGACGGAAACGGGUAUGACCCUAUUACCGGAAUAUUUAAAGCUCCUAUUGCUGGAGUAUAUCAGUUCUCAGCACAUAUUUGUCAUCAAGCCGGACAGUCUAUGGUCGUUGCAAUUAUGAAAGGAACAAAACAGAUAACAGCUACCACGGGAUAUGAAAACAAAGCUUCAAGCUGUAAUUCAGUCAAUGUUAUUUCUCGGGUUAUGGAAAAUGAAAAGGUGUUUGUAACGGCACAAUGGACACACAGUUAUUUGUUCACCAAUGAACACCGGUGGACGUCUUUCAGUGGGUUCCUCAUGUAUCAGUUGUGAAAACACAUGUUGCAAAGGUUGUUUUAGAAAUGCCGCAGAUUGUUUGAUAAUGUUUGAAAUUUGUAUUGUUUUUGUUUGUUUAUAGUUUACUAGAUUUUAUCAUUUUGACUAAAAUUGACCAUCAUUCGAACUCAAUACCAGGUUCAAAGUUGUUUGAGACCAAAUAUUGUGCAAGCAAAUACUAUACACUUUUUCAAACUUUUAUUACCCGGCCUUUAAAAAGGAGCUUAUUAACAAACAAUAUACCCAAUCCUCUUUUAAUUUUUACUUAAAAAAUGGACGCAAAUUUCACAUUUUUCGCCACAAAACUUCUCCUGCUUAUAAUACAUUUGCAUGACUAUGUAAUUAUAUAACACGUCGUCUGCCCACAUAUCUCAAUAAGGGAGCUAGAAAUACAAUGUAGAGGCAUGAUUUUGCAAUAACAAUUGAUGUCGCACAUUUUCUAAAGUUUGUUUGUGUCUUACGCUUAGUCAGAAAUUAUGUGAAAUAAGUUAACCAAGAAAGCUGCCUUGUUGGAUCGGCAUGGAUUAAAUGUAAAUAUAUGUAAACUAAAAAUCAAGGAAAACAAACAUUUAUUUCAGUUUUCUAUUGACAUUCUGCAAUGAUUUUAUUUAAUUCAAACGCUAUAACUGUUCGACCUCCUUCUGAAUAUUUGAACAAAUUUAGCAUAUCGAAGGCAGUGCUCAAACCGCCAUUUACAGGUCAAAAGAACUGAUUCGAAUAUAAAACUAAAUUUUUGUUUUAAGGUCAUUUCAUGGAGAUUUACAACUGAACUGUUGCAUCGUUGAAUACUUGUAGGUUAUUUUUGACUUUUAUUUGCAGCCUAAUUUAAUUAAAAGAAAAGGAAGUAAAAUUCGAAAAUAAAUCUUUAAAUAAUAGUACAUAUGUGAACGUUCCCAAAAAUAUACUAUAUAUUUUAUAAAAUGUCGUACAGUAAUGAUAAUUUACAUUUCUAAGUUACGUCAAGAUAAAGUCGUAGCAAUAUGAUAUAAAAUGUUCUUACAAUGUUUUGUUUUCUGAUAAAAAAAAAAUAACAGUUUACCUAAUAGAACCAAAGGUAAUUUUCUCUGCAAACUUCUUUUUUCUACAUAUUUAUAUGUACACACAUCUAAUAAAGACAAUAAAGACAUAUUUAUAAUCAACUUGUUUACAUUUAACACCCAUUCCUGAAAUAUGUCGUUUUAAGCAUUUAAAACUACGUUAUUCAUAUAUUUAGCUUCUUUCAUAUAUAUGUGCACAAACCCUUUAUCUAACCAGAACAAAAACUAUUCACAUUAUUAAAAAUCACAAAAUCAUUGUUUAUUAAGAAUCCUUGCAAGGAAUUAUUAAUGUUGUAACAUCGAAGCUUUGCCUUUUUGCGUAAAAAUCUGGAAUCCAAUUGAUCCCUCGUAAGCAUAAAUCACAACAAAACCACAAGAGAAUUGCAGACCCUGCCUGAUUGAGUCUGUACAUAAGGGAUAAUUAAUACGUGAAACAUAACUCACGCAACAAGCACCGACAUGUGCCGUACUCAAUUCUCAACAUAUAAUAAUGCAGGCAUCAAUGACCCCGAAGGACCAGAAAAAUAUAGCAACACUGAAGUGAAGUACGGGAAUAAGUAAAGCAUAAUGUAUGACUGAUGUUAAACCCUUUUAAAAAUCUGGAAACGAAAGCAUUAAAAUUGCACACUCGGCUUGAUUGAGUCUGAAGGAUAAUGAAUAAGUGCAACAUCCCUCGCACCCGCUUGAG